UCAAACUGUGACGUUUACAGCAGUGUGUCCCGAGGGAGGGAGUGAUAACAAAACUGUGUCAACUUUUCAGGUCUCGUAAACAAACCCUACAGUUUUCUUGUGUUUCCUCUACUAGAUCUAGUCUAGAUCUAGAUUAAUACUUUAGGGAUUGGUGACCUGUCACAAUGCCUGAACAUCAUGAACGUACUAAAACUUUUAAACAGAGAAAAACAUUCGCUGUGAGGAAGGAAGAGGUUGAAGGCAUAAGGCAGAAAUUUCCAUGCAAAGUUCCUGUUAUUGUGGAGAGAUUUCACAAAGAGACAAGUCUGCCCAUGCUGGACAAGACCAAAUUUCUGGUCCCCCAGGAGUUGACCAUGUCCCAGUUUCUCACCAUCAUCAGGAAUCGUAUGUCUCUCAACUCUAACCAGUCUUUCUACUUGAUCCUGAACAACAAAAGCAUCUCCAGUAUGUCGUCCACCAUCGCAGAGGUCUACAGGGAAGAAAAGGAUGACGACGGGUUCCUCUACAUGACCUACGCAUCGCAAGAAAUGUUUGGCACAUCCAGGGCAACUCUUGUAUAAUUGUUGACACUCUUGUUAGGUCAGGAUUAGGAUUACACAUCAAAAGUUAGAUCAGGAUUAGGAUUACACAUCAAAAGUUAGGUCAGGAUUAGGAUUACACAUCAAAAGUUAGGUCAGGAUUAGGAUUACACAUCAAAAGUUAGGUUAGGAUUACACAUCAAAAGUUAGAUCAGGAUUAGGAUUACACAUCAAAAGUUAGAUCAGGAUUAGGAUUACACAUCAAAAGUUAGAUCAGGAUUAGAAUUACACAUCAAAAGUUAGAUCAGGAUUAGGAUUACACAUCAAAAGUUAGAUCAGGAUUAGGAUUACACAUUAAAAGUUAGAUCAGGAUUAGGAUUACACAUCAAAAGUUAGAUCAGGAUUAGGAUUACACAUUAAAAGUUAGAUUAGGAUUAGGAUUACAUAUUAAAAGUUCACUUUAUCUUAAAGAAAACACUUCUUAAUCACACCUUUGAGGUCAUACUUAUAUCAGUACACACCUAAAGUCAUACUUAUGUCAUAAAAAAUGUUAUGUCAUGUAGUCAUAACAUGCCAAGCCAUCAAGUUUCUCUUAACACAUAUAUUACUAUAACACACACAUGAAGUUUUUUUAGGCUAGGCCAAAACUGAAGUUAGAGCAGUUGUGUGUGGGGGGGGGGGGGGUGUGGGCCCAUUAGUUGGGUGCUACUCUCUAUGUGCCUUCAUUCUCUUGAUUCUUUUAUUGACCAAUCUGCUCACUGGGGGGGGGGGGGGGGGGGGGGGUGCUUGCUCCAAACUACUGGCAAUGGUCCUGGGUGUUUAGGGAACUGAUCCAAACAUCCCCAUGACCAAAUGUUCUGGGUGUUUAGGGAACUGAUCCAAACAUCCCCAUGACCAAAUGUCUUGUUAACAUUUGUCCAAUAAAACCACGUGGCCAAAACUAAACCAGCACUCUAUCAUGUCCACCCAGCCCACGUAUCAGCUAAUGAAACUUUACAUAUGGUUGAUCAUUGUUGACUUUAUGCUUCUUCCAUCAGCGCCUACUGUUGUCAUGAUAUAUCAUCUUCACUUGUUACUAUAUAUCAUCUUCACUUGUUAUAGUAUAUCAUCUUCACUUGUUAUAGUAUAUCAUUGUUAUAUUUGGACCCACUGGAUGCUCAGUGACACUACUGUAAAUAAUAAAAAAAAAAUGACCCUCCACUCCAAAGCUCGUCAAUUUUUCCUGGGGUUAAUUAGAAGGGUGUGACCCAAGCAGCCUGCCUUAAACUUGACUCACACACGUGUCCAUUGUUAUUGGUUUUUGUUGAGUACAAAGUAAAGGGCAACCUUUCACAUUUUUAUGUCUACACAUUUGUGAUAACUGAAAGAAUUUUUUUCUUUUCAUUGUAAUUUAUUUGACUGUCCUUUAUGACUGAUUUACAUAUUGCUGAUUUUUAAAACUAAUUUUUAAACUGGUUCAGCCAAGGGAAGUGCAAGCAAGUACUGCUGGGACCAUUCAACUGUUCAACAUUUUUGUUUCCAUUAAAAACUUUUCAAAUUG